GGCCCAGCGAGGGGCGGAGGCGGGCGGCGGGGCGGGCCCGCAGCCGCCGGGAGCGGGCGGAAGCGGUGGCGGCCGCCAUGAGCCGGCUGCGGGAAGAGGACGACCCCUACGUGGUGGAGGAGCCCAGCGACGAGGAGCGGGCGCUCAGCAGCUCGGAAGAUGAGGUGGACGUGCUCUUACACGGCACUCCCGAUCAGAAGCGGAAACUGCUACGGGAGUGCCUGACCGGGGAGAGCGAAUCCUCCAGCGACGAUGAGUUCCAGAAGGAGAUGGAGGCCGAGCUCAACACCACCAUGAGAACGAUAGAAGGCAAAUGGAAAUCACCAGAAAUGGGUACUUCCUCAAGUACUGGGCAGACUGGACAUGCCACCACUUCGAAAUACUACGAUGACAUUUACUUUGAUUCUGAUUCAGAAGAGGAAGAUAAAAUGGUUACACAGGAUGCCCAGAAAAAAAGAAAACAUCAGCAACGUCGGAUUCUUUCCAAUGAUGAGCUGUUAUAUGACCCAGAAGAAGACAAUCGAGACCAAGCGUGGGUUGACUUACAGAGGAGGAGGUACCGUAAUCAAAGAAAAGGGCUGCGGCAACAGCAGACAAAACCUUCAGCUGUUCCAAAUAGCGAUGCUGUUCUGAAUUGCCCUGCCUGCAUGACAACGUUAUGCCUGGACUGUCAGAGACAUGAAUCUUACAAAACACAGUACAGAGCAAUGUUUGUGAUGAACUGCUUUGUUAACAAAGAGGAAAUUCUGAAAUACAGAAAGAAGCUAAAUAAAAGAAGUAAGAAAAUGAAGCACAGCAAAGAAACUACCUCUGUACAGUCCAAUCAAGAAGAGGAGGAAGUGUAUCAUCCAGUAUUAUGUACUGAAUGUUCAACUGAGGUGGCAGUGAUGGAUAAAGAUGAAGUUUUUCACUUCUUCAAUGUUCUAGCCAGCCACUGCUAAUAUGCAAAAGCAGCAAAAAAAAAAAAAAGUGCGCUGUUUAAGACAGUGUGAAGUAUCAGAAAUGCAGGCAUGUUAGCAUGUUUAAAAUACGUUCUUUUAAAUGUACAUUUUAAUUAGAGAACUUUAUAGCGGUUGGGUUUUUGACACUUGUUGUAUUCCUUUUUAUGAAAGGAAUAUGGUUAACUGCUUGCAUUUGAGAACAGUAUUCUUUCACGCUGUAGGUGGUUGCAUCAUUGAGGAUUUAAAAUUUUGUAAAUAAAAUGUAAGAUCUGUGUAUUAUGAUCAUUCCCUGUGUAUAUACUGUCCAUUAUCUCAAUAUGUAUUAGAACUGCUGCUUAGAAUAAAGAUGGUAUAAACUGG